CAUUUUGCUCAUUUUGCUGGCAGAUUCACCCUUUUAACGGUCGUUUUGUUAUUUUUGUAAUCCGGAUACUGUGCUACAAAUUCAACGUGAAAAUACGGUAUUUCACAGAAAAUUUCACUUUCCCUAGCCAAUAAUAUUGCUUUAGGAAAAACUUGUGAAUUGAACGGCAAAGGAGUAGAGAUACAAUGACACGAACGAAAGUCUCGCGCCGGAUAGCGGCUAAGAAGCGGGUAUCGGUUGAAGAACGAGUACGAAUUGAAAAUAAAUUGCGGGAUUUUGAUGUUAAUGUGGAAUGUGAAUUGGCUAAUUUGGAGUUGAAGUUCCGUGACGAAAUGGAUAGAAUUCAACGGUUGGUCGACGGGUUGAAGUCCAGGACACCGAAAAAGUUUCUAGCUAUGACGAUCGGCGAAGUUCGAGAAUAUAAAGAGGAGGCGGAUAAAUUUGAGGCGUCCUUUUGUGGGGAUCGUACAGCUCUUCUGGCAGCUAAUAUGAGUGUGCUUUUGGAAAAAUCGGCGAAAAAGAAGUCCAAGGAUGACGGUUACCUUACAGAGGAUAGCGAAAACCGUGACCGAUUGUCGGCGAUUUCGUCAGCGAAACGGAUGGGACCACUCAUGUCAGCCAAAUACAGACGACGAAGCAAAUCAGCAGGUGCCGUCAACACAUCUACUAUCAAUAAGACCCAUGCAACAUUAGUGGACCGAUCGGCAUUGGGAAAAACUAUUGGGACAAUUAACACCGGGAAGGACCGUACUUCGAGAUCAAAAAUAAAGACUCCCAUGGCAUCUCGUCCAAAAGCAAUUAGCGCUGAUCGAAUCUGCCGAGCUAUUACUCCAAAAGUACAACCUAAUACUCCACUAGCUCUUAUUCGGCAUGCCAGAUUAGGAGAGCCGGUGUAUGCCAUGACGGGGAGUCCAGUCGUAACCGCAAAUAUCCUUGAAUCAACGGCAAACGUUAACAUUCCGAUUGAAAACGGAAUGCUAUCGAUUAGACCGACGGAGAUGAAUUCAGUUGAUCCAGCCCUGGUAGGAAAAAUCGAUCCACACGUAUUCGCUGAAUUGAGACAGUUACAGGAAAAUCUCAAUGUUAUUAUGCGAUCUCUCAAGUUAUAGUUUGACUAAUUCAGAGCGGAACGGGUGUUUACGUAAUUUACGUAUAUAAUAUGUUAAUGCCAUCUCGACAGGACUAGCAAGGUUUUAUUUGAUAUGACAUAUUGUUCAGGCAUUCCGUAUAACAAUGGGAAAAAGCAUUUCUAAAUAAAAUAAAGUUGAUUAAACAA